CAUCAUCAUCAACAUCAUUCUCAUCAUCUGCGUGAUUCGUAUAAGUUGCAAGAAAAUAUGGAGCCGCCACAACAGCAACAGUCUGCGUCGUCAACCACAACAAAAACAUCAUCACGUUCCAAACAGCGUCUAAUCAAACUUGAUUUGUCAUUGUUGCAGUUAACAUCGAAUUAUUGCAAAUUUAUUAGUACCCCUUAUUAUUUAUUGGGUAUAUGGAAGUAAAUUUAUUUGAAAUCGUUUUUAAAAAUGAGAAUGUUAUUAGUCAAGAACUUAUUUUUUUCAAAAAACAAAUUCAAGAUUUAUUUCAAAUUUUUAAUUAUGUACAAGAAAUCAAAACAAUUUUGUUUAUCAGUUAAGGAUAAGUGUAAUCAUAGACGAAGAAGAAGAAGAAGAAGAAGAAGUGUGGGGAAGUUAAAUUACAGCAUCAAUUCUAUGCUUUAUGCAACUCAAUGGAAAAUGUCAUGAAUAACAAGUUUUAAUUGCAAAAACAAAAACAAUUAUCUCUACUGCUGCUGCUGCUGCUGAGUCCUAGCAAUGUUAUUAACAGUCUCUCCAUUGUUUACAAACAAGAAAAUUUCAAUAAUAAAACUUAAAAUAUCCAGAAGGGAUGAGGAUGAUAAUUGUUUCGAUGAGACCUCAUUGGCGUCCACAUCUUCAUCAGUCUCAACAACCCUGGGAGGUGUUGGUGGUACUGGUGUAGGUGUUUGUUCACAACCUAAAAUGCCUCCAUAUCCAAUUGGUGGCUAUAUGAUGACCGACACCAUGACCGCAUCAAGAGGACUCAAGUGUAGCAAUAACAACAAUAAUAAUGCGAAUGUAAAUAGCACGUAUCAACAGCAACAUCAACAACAACAACAGCCCACAACGACACGUGUAACGCGUCGUACAAGUAAGUAGUGUUGCCAUUUUAAUAAAUUGAACUAUGUAUUUCUUGAACUAUUUUUUUGCCGUUAUUUAUACAAUUUAUUUAUACGUUAAUAUAAUUAUUUCAACUUGACUGUAUUAUUAUCGUACUUUUUUAUGUAGUUUGUCUUUAUUGAUUAAAAUGUAAUUAUUUAUAUUUAUUUAACCGUUAUUUAUAUAAUUGCUGUUGUAUUAAACAAAUUUAAUGAAAUUAUUAUUGAAAUAUACAGUGGUAAACAAAAGUGAAACAAUUUGCAAAAUUGGAAAAUCGGAUAGGCAAACUUUAGUAUUGUGUAUAGUCCAGACUAAAGUCUUGUGUAUAGUCCAGACUAUAGUCUUGUCUAUAGUCCAGACUAUAGUUUUGUCUAUAGUCCAGAUUAGUCUUUUCUAUAGUCCAGACUAUAGUCUUGUCUAUA